AUCUUUUGGGAACACACUAUGUUCUCAUCAUUGUCAAACUUUAAAGUGUCAUCCUCUCAUCAACCUCCAUUUUUUACUAAUCCUUCUAUUGAGCUAUUUCCUAGUGAUUCUAAUGCAGGUACAUCUGAUGAGCUCUACAAUGCCUCACCACAUGCUCCAACCAAUUCUGUAAAAGAUGAUCUGCCUACUGGUAAUGCAUUAGAUAAUUUUGAGCCUUCUUCUACUUCCUCGUCUACAAAUGAGCUUGUUGUCCCAUCCUCGAGUCAUCCUACUCGGGUAAGAAAGCCUCCAAACUACCUUCGUGAUUAUCAUUGUUUUCCUGCUAUUACUUCGUUACAUGAGCCUCAAUCUAUCAAGAGGCCUCUUCUAACCCUCUUUGGCAACAAAUCAAAACGCAAUUUGAUGGUUCUAUGGAGUGUUAUAAGGCACACUUGGUUGCCAAGGGUUUUACAUAGGAGUAUGGAAUCGACUAUGAAGAGACAUUUGCUCCAGUUGCUCGUCUUACAUCUGUGCUCAGUUUGCUCGCUAUCGCUCGCUGCUAUACAGAGAUCGAAAUUGUUUCAGAUGGAUGUGAAAAAUGCUUUUCUUAAUGGUGACCUAGAAGAAGAAGUUUAUAUGAAACCACCUCUUGGGCUCCACCAUCCUCCAAACAAGGUAUGUCGAUUGCGCCGUGCAUUAUACGGGUUGAAGCAAUCCCCUCGAGCCUGGUAUGCAAAGUUUAGUGCUACCGUGAGUGAGUUUUGUUUUACUUCCAGUCCACAUGAUACAGCUUUGUUCAUUCGUAAGACUGCUCAAGGUAUGGUUCUUUUACUUCUUUAUGUUGAUGACAUGAUUAUUACUGAAGAUGAUGUCGCAGGAGUUGAGGAGUUAAAACAAUCUCUCAGUCAGAAAUUUGAGAUGAAAGAUCUUGGUGUUAUGAGCUAUUUUUUGGGACUUGAAGUGACCUCUUCAGAUGAUGGCUACCUGCUUUCUCAAGUAAAGUAUGCCUCCGAUAUUGUUUCUAAAGCUGAAUUCAAUGAUGGUAAGAGUGUUUCUACACCUCUUGAACCUAAUGUUAAGCUUACACCUAUGGAUGGCUCUCCACUUUCUGAUCCUACUCGCUAUCGGCAAUUGGUCGGUAGUCUGGUUUAUCUUACUACAACACGCCCUGAUAUAGCAUAUGCAGUUCACAUUGUUAGUCAGUUUAUGGCUGCUCCUCGCUCCACUCAUUAUGUAGCAGUACUCUGCAUUAUUUGCUAUGUUAAGGGAACAUUAUUUCAUGGACUCCAUUUUUCUGCCAACUCUUCCCCGAUGCUUCGCGCUUACUCUGAUGUUGAUUGGGCUGGUGAUCCUUCUGAUCGUAGAUCUACCACUGGUUAUUGUCUUUUCCUUGGUAAUUCUCUUAUCUCUUGGAAAAGUAAGAAACAAACUAUUCCAUCUCACUCUAGUACUGAAGCUGAGUAUAGAGCUCUCGGGGAUACCACAUCAGAACUUCUUUCAUUGCGAUGGCUUCUUAAAGAUAUGGGCAUUCCUCAACCUUCUUCUACUGAUUUAUAUUGUGAUAAUCAAAGUGCUAUGCAGAUAGCUCAUAAUGAUGUCUUUCAUGAACGCACUAAACACAUUGAGGUUGAUUGUCACUUUAUUCGCCAUCAUGUUGCACAAGGAACUAUUCAUUUGGUUUUCAUUAGCUCCGCUGAUCAACCAGAGGAUCUCUUUACCAAGGCUCAUUUUCCUGGACGCUUUCAUACUCUUCUUUCCAAACUCAAGUUGGUUUCAUCACAACCACCUUGAGUUUGAGGGGAGAUGUUAAGAUCCCGCACAUCUGCUCUUCUUUUCUUCUCCCCUGCAGCCGAAAGCCCCCAAGCCCGACAGCCUCCUCUUGAAAAACCAGUGAGAAAGCUUGGUUUUUCCCUUCUUUUCUUGUCCAAGAACAAGAUUUAGGAGCUUAGAAACCCUCCCUAAAGCAAGGAAUUCCAGAUCUACUCGGUUUCUCCCCCUCCCCUGUCCGUGAGCUGCAGUUGGUGAUGCGAAAUUCUGGGCUUUUUUUCUGUAAGAACAGCCAUGAUUUCAUCCUUUUAGCUUUGAUUUAAGUUGGAUUACUCUAAGUUCCUCUUGUUCCUUCAAUUUUGGGUGGUUCCCGUGAGUCCCCUGCAGCUUGCCGCCGGCUUCUUCUCCCCCGCCAGGUCCGGUUUUGCUUGUUAAAUUCUGGAAGCGAAGUGAAGGACGGGAAAAACGAGGGAAGUGAUGAGUUAGAAGGCUAGCCAUUUUGUAAAUUAAACAUGGAUUUUAGAUGUAGAUCAUGAUCUUGUAAGUUAGACUGUAUUCGGAGAUUUUAUGAUAUCAGAGAAAAUUUUAAAAUA